UCCAUAAAAAUUGCAUCCUUUCAAUCGCCGAUCUUUGCGCUCUGCGUUCGUAUUCAAAGUUGCCCGCGAGAACCGAUCGGAAGUGCAGCUUCAUAGUGUUCAUUUUUUUAUUUUUAAUUCCUUCUGAUUCUGUGAUAAGCAAACCAUUUCUCCACGAUGUGGAGGAUCCUCGUUGCUGGAUUUUGCACGGUGGCAGCAACAGUGGCUCAGGACUAUGAAGUCUCAGAUAUUCAAUGUAGUGGAGCCGGAUCACCAAAUGAUUUGUUGACAGCAAAAAUAAAACGACCUGUCGGUUUUCGAGGAGGUCCACUUUUUGCAGAUGACAGGUCAGCGGAUCCACUUAUUGAUAUUAACUGUCAAUUAAGGCCGGAUCCCAAUGACCCACAGGAAGAUAAUUACUUUUUGAAAGUGACGGACUUUUCUCGUUGUGGAAUUCUUAAGAGAAAUGGAUUUAUUCAUCUGAGGGUAUGGUUCCCAGCAUUUCCUGGUGUAGUAAUGCUUGCAGAUCAAGAAUUAAUCCUUAUGUGUCGACCACCAGAACCAACUUUACUCAGGCAUAAAGCUGCAGGUUUUGCAGGAACCUUUCCGCAUGGAGCUCGCGUUUCCGGAGUGGUUGAAGAAACCCCAGGACGUCUGGAAUAUGAAGUGGCUCUGUAUCGAGAAGCUACAGGAAAUUCAUCUGACCCCAAUCAGGGAACUCAAACAGUUGAUCAGGCGGUUCCAAUUGGAACAAAAUUACAAUUGCGAGCUCGCAUUAGUGCCGAGAGUGCUUGGGGAUACAUCAAACUUCUGGAAGUCACUGUGAGUCCAGACCCUGAUCAACCACAUGCGCCAGGAAGUGUUUUUCUGGUGAAGGAAGGUUGCAGAAACCGUGAUUUUGCUUCAAUAAUUCCACAUCAACCGGCCAGAUAUCGGGAAAGGAAAAAUGAAGUUUUUCUGGAUUUUGAAGCUUUUCUUCUAAGUUCGAUGAGGGACCGAUCAACUUUGUGGAUACACUCUCAAAUCAAAGCUUGUAUGGAACCACAGGACUGCCAACCGGACUUUUGCUUAGAUCUCUUUGAGCCUUCUGGACACGGGAAACGUAGAAGGAGAAUGACUGGAGAAGAAGAAGCUUUCUUGCCAAGAGCCGAGAGAAUUAUUCAGAAAUACAACGAUUCAACUCCCAUCACAAGGUUUAAAGAAAACAUCGAGUACACAGUCAUGAUGCCAGAUGAUGUUUAUGACAGGAUGACUGCAGGCCUUGAGGGAAGUUGCGGAAAUUUUCUUUACGUCGCGACAGCUCUCGGGGCUUUACUUGUUCUUUCAGCUCUGAUUAUGUGUUAUCUAGCAUCUCGCCUGCAAAGCAUUUCUUCCGCGAUACCGCAGAACAAAGCAAUUGAUGAGAUGGUCCGAGUUCGCUCGCGGAAAUAUUGUCCAGAUUACACUGGUCGCUCAACCGUUCAAUAAAUCUUUAAAAUUAAACAAAACGGUGCACGCUGCACCGCAUCCGGUUCUAGUCCGCAUGCGCAUGCAUCUAAAAGAAAAUACAUUCUUCCUAAAAAAAUUAGCCUAUUUACUUUAUCUUGAAAUUGUAGGUCUCAUUUACCCAAAAAGUAAUGAAUAUUACUUCAAUGUUGCUGCAACAUUGCAUACAAAUAUUAGCAACAUUGCAAGAAUGUUGCUUUAAUCUAUUAAUGAUAUGUUCUAAGCAACAUUUGUUUGUAAUAUUGAUGCAAAGUUGCUGUAACAUUGGUGCAAAGUUGAUGCAACAUUGGUGCAAUGUUGAUCCAAAGUUACUGCAAAAUUGGGGCAGCCUUGAUGUAACGUUUGUGCUACAUUAUGCAAUGUUAAUGCAACAAUGAUGCAAUGUUGAUGUCAAGUUUAUGCAACACUGAUGUAAUAUCAAAUCAAUAUUUAAGCAGUAACGUUGCUGCUACAUUGAUGCUAUUUUGGUGAAAGAUUCAUGCAACGUUGCCGCUACAAUGAUGCAACAUUCAUGCAAGGUUUCUGUAAUAUCAAUGCUAUUUUAAUGCAACGUUGCUUUAAUAUGAAUUCAUUAUUAAUGCAACGUUGAUGUAAUAUUGAUGCAAUUUUGCUGUGAUGUUGAGGCUAUAUUGAUGAAGUGUUGCGGUAAUAUUAGUGCAACAUUCAUGCAACGUUGCUUCAACAUUCAUGCAAUUGAUGCAAUUCUGGUGAAACAUUGAUGCAAAGUUGCUGCAAUAUUCACGGGAAAUUGAUGCAAAGUUACUACAAUAUCGGUGCAAAUACUGAUGCAAAGUUGCUAGAAGAUGUGUGCAAUAUUGAUCCAGUUUUAAUAUGACAUUGAUGUAACGUUGCUGCUACAUUGAUAUAUUAUUGGAGCAACAUUUGUGCAACGUUGCUGCUACAUUGAUGAAAUUUUGGUACAACAUUGAUGCAUACUCGACAUAAUAUUUAUGCAACAGUGAUGCAAUAUUCGUACAAGGUUGCUGUAAUAUUUAUGUAAUAAUGACGCAGCGUUGAUAUAAUAUUAAUGCAAUAUUAAUGUAACGUUGCUGCAAUAUUGAUGCAAUAUUUAUGCAUUAUUGGCGCAAAAUUCAUGCAACGUUGCUUUGACAUUUAUGCAACGUUGUUAUAAUAUUAAUACAAUAUUAAUGCAACGUUACGGUAAUAUUGAUGCAAUAUUAAUGCAACGUUACUGUGUUAUUGAUGCUAUAUUAAUGCAGUGCUGUUUUAAUAUCAGUCCAAUAUCGUUGCAGCGCUUCUGUAGGAUCUUUGCAACAUUGAUACAAUGUUGGUGCAACAAUUAUGCAACUUUGCUUCAACAUUCAUGCAAUUUUGGUUCAAAAUUCAUGCAAUUCUGGUGCAACAUUGGUGCAAAGUUGUUGCAAAAUUGAUUUAAUUUCAGUGCAACAUUGAUGCAAUCGCUUAGAAACAUUUCGCUACAAUAUUGCAGUAAAAUUUAGCAAUAUCGCAUCAACAUUUUAGCAAUAUGGCAUCAAACUUACAGCAACUCUGCAAAUCAAUAUUGAUUUAGGGAGGACAUUAAUAUAUUAUAGCAACAUUGCUGGAAUAUUGAGCAAUGUUGCCAUGAAAUAUUACAGUCAGAUUAAUGCAAAAUUGGAUGCGUUUGGGGUAAUUAAAAGAAAUUUACAAAAAAUACAUAAAACGUGAAUUUUUUGUUUUUAUAUUAGAUUUUGACCGAAAACAAGAAAAUAUAACACAUACUUAAUAUUCGAUUAGAAUAAGAUUUUUUUUGUAACGCAUUCACGGAAUGUUCGCUUUUCAAAACACUUAUAACGUGUGUAAAGUGAUAAAAACCGUGAUAUAAGUAAACGUAAAAACACUUUAUUAUUAUUAUUUCUGGUAAUUUAUUAAAUUUUCGGAUUUUUUCCGAAAACCCUUGGAUACCUUAAAU